CACACUGCCCAACAGAUGUUACUCUCAGUGGAUUUUUCAUCGUGUUCGCUUCGUUACGGAUAUUGAAGGCUUAUUUUCCAAACACCAUUUUAUCUUUAUAUACGCAAUUUGGCUGCAAUUUUAACAAAAGUAAAUAUAUAAUUCUGUAAAAAAUUAAAAAUAUAAUAAAUUAAAUCAAAUUGCCAAAAAAGCUCCAAUUGGAACGCGAGCUGCAGCGCGCAAAAGCCGAGCCCUAUCAUACAUACUUAUGUAUGCAUGUAUAAGUGCACUGCAGUUUCCAAUUGUUUGAUUGUGUGGGUGUUUGACAGGCAUUUUUUUGCUAUAAAUUCCGCAACGGUGAUUUAUAUAAAAUUUUUUUAAUGUUGUAAUAUUUAUAUAUUUGUAAAAAGUGAUCGUUUAAAAUACCAAAAAAAAAAAAACAAAUACUUUGAGAACUGAUUUAACGAUUCCAAUUUCCAAUUGCAUUUUGUGUGCAUUCACAUCUAUUGCCAACAAUCCCACGCGUAGCAGAGAACACAAAAUCUCACUCACACACACACGCACACAGAAGCAUAAUACAUACGAAUCCCAACGCCAAAAGCAAGUUGCCAAACAAAAAACAGAAAGAAAAACCGAAAAAAAAACAACAAACAGGCUCCAGCAAUUGCAGCGCGCCAACAUCGCCGUCGCUGCAUUUAGCCCAGCGUUGACGUUGUUGUUGUUAGUAGGCCGCAGACGGAUAAGAGCACAAAAGGCAAUCAAAAAGUACACACGCUGAGCCUAUCGAAGCGGCAACAAGCAAAACACACAAGGAACACAAGGAAAGUCAAGCACCUGGUAACACAGUACAACAAAGGAGAUAAAAGAAAGAGACGAAGAGAGAGAGAGAGAAAGAGAUACAUAUUAUAUAAAUAAAAGUGUAAGAAAGAGAGAUCAAUUGUGUAGCUUGUUGCAAGUAACGAACAGAAGAGGAGUGAGCAAAACAAACGAAAGAUCCACGCAUUGAGAGUGACCGAGAAGGAGUAGGAGCAGGAGCAGGAGCAAGUGCUUAGCAGCAUGGAGCUGGAGUCAAACAACAAACACGCCAACGGUGGUGACACUUCCGGCGUUGGAGUUGCUGGCUCCGAUUCAAAGGAAAGCUCCGUGGAACGUGAACUGAAUGGUGAGAUUGAGGCGGUCGAGCUGAAUGGCAGCUCAUCCAAUGGCCAUCAUCAUCAUCAUCAUCAUCAUGGUGGUCACAUGAAGAAGCCGUUGCCCGUUGGCGAUGGUCACGACUAUCGCGUGAAGCGCAAGGCCAAACGCCUCAUCCAAAGACAAAACAGCGGCAGCGGUGUCUCCAGCACAUCUCUGCCAAAUGGAGUGGUAGCCAGUGCUGCUGCUGGUGGUGGUAGUGGUGGUAGUGGUUCCGCUGCAGCUGGUUCCACCAAUGCCACGCUGUCAUCACUGGCCAAUGGCAUGCUACCGGUGGGCACUGGUUAUGUGGUGCCACAUCGACGCUGGAAGAAUAGUCGUAGAUCCCGCAAUUUGACACGGGGUCGUGGACUGCCCAAAAAGGGUGGAGCCGGCGGCAAGGGUGUAUGGGGAUUACCCGGCUCAGAGGCGCUCGCCGAGGUCUAUGAGGAUGAGAAUGAUCCCAACUAUGACAGCGAGUGCAAUGAUCGCAAUGUGGAGCUGCGUGAGGUCAUCACGGAAAUAACGCCCGAGGAGUUCUUUAAGCUCGCCGAGCCGAUUGUCCUGGAGUACUACGAGCAUGGGGAUACUCAUGAGGUGGCGGUCAGUUUCGAUGAGAUACUGCAGAGUCCGUUGCGUGAGCAUAUUACCAGUAUUCUGGUGGAGAUUGCCAUGGAUCAUAAGGACUCGCAGCGGGAGAUGACAUCGGUGCUUAUUUCGGAUCUAUAUGGUCGCGUUAUCACCGGCAAGGACAUCGAGAAGGGCUUCAACAUGUUGCUGGCCAAUCUACCCGACCUCAUUCUGGAUACACCCGAGGCGCCAGUGAUGCUCGGCAACUUUAUGGCCCGGGCAAUUGCCGAUGACUGCAUGCCGCCCAAAUUUGUUAGCCGACCCGAGGAGCACCAGCAUCUGAAUGAGCAUGCCGAGGAGGCAUUACGUCGGGCCGACGCACUGCUCCAUAAGCAGGUGUGGGCACAUCUCGAUAAUGUUUGGGGCAUGGGCGGACCACUGCGACCGGUGAAGACAAUCACCAAACAGAUGACGCUGCUGCUCAAGGAAUAUCUGUCGUCCCGCGAUGUGGCCGAGGCGCAACGUUGCCUCCGUGCCCUCGAGGUGCCGCACUAUCAUCAUGAGCUCGUCUAUGAGGCAAUUGUUAUGACUCUCGAAUCGCUCAGCCAGACCACCGAGGAGGCUAUGUGUGAGCUGCUUAAAUCGCUGGAUCUAACCUGUCUGGUUCUUCCAGCGGGCAUGGAGCAGGGCUUCAUGCGAGUCUACGAUGACAUGGCGGACAUUGUGCUGGACGUGCCAUUGGCGUAUAUAAUACUCGAUCGAUUUGUGGAGCGUUGUAAUCGUGCUGGCUUCCUCACCGACAAGAUUAUCAACAAUGUGCCAUCCCGUGGUCGCAAGCGUUUCGUCUCGGAGGGCGACGGUGGUCACGUUAAGCCGGCCACUUUGCCCAUGCGCGAUUAAGGAUUGAGGAUUGAUUGAUGCCUCUCCACAAAAUACUACAUCAACAACAACAAAAUCAAGCAAAAAAAAACAAAAACAAAAAAAAAGAGUUGUUAGAAGCAAUAGGUUCUAACAUAUUUGGCGAAAUUCAAGCCAAACAAAAAUCCCGCAGUAUAAAACUAAAACGAGGCAGCAACAACAACAGCGCAGCAGCAUAAGAAGAAGAACCAAAAAAGAAAACUUGUUUGAAACAAGCAACGCAAGACGAGACGACGACGAACAAGACGCUAAAAGGCAAUCUCAAGUCAGGCUGAGACGUGCAAAGCAAAGC